GUUUCACAAGAGAAAUAGUUUGGGUGGCAGAAAGGUGUCACCACCUCAACCAACAUGUAUGACCGCUGAACAAAAGUCCACUUAUCUCGAGAGCUUGCGAAGCUAUCGUCCCGCCAGACCUACCGGCUCACGCCCUCCUCCCUUCAGUCCUCGGACUCGGACUGUCUCCUCUGAGACUUCGUUGACGCGUUCGGACUCGGCAUGCAUCAUCAUCUCACCGGAGCAUGAAACCCAGCCACAAGAUGUCGAAGCCUCGAAUGUACAAUCACCACCAGUAUCCAAGUCCAAUUUCGUCUCUUCUGCUGCUGCGUCACUCAAAGGGCGGCCUUUAGCCCAACCACCUGGCAAUGAUCGACCAAGUCUACGAGGAAGAAAAGUGUCUCCAACAGCCAUAGUUCAAGUUCCUCAGCUCACAGAAGAUGGCGUCUACCUCGAAUCGGUUAGUCGAAGAUUGGAGAAAGAGGAGGCUCAUAAUCUACGAGAGGCGUUGCAAUUGAUUGACCACAAAGACGAUGAGACCAGGAUCUAUCAUGCAGCUCAGGAUGAAGCGGCAGAUCUGGUGUGGAAGCAUCAGAAUCCUCAUGCUGCAGAAGUGGAAAAGACAUCUGCGUAUCGCAAUCCCGAUUUGAAGGCGAAUGGGACGAGGCGAAGUAGCGGUCAACGCAAGGCUAGUGGUACGCGAAAAGUUUCGUUUCCCAACCCAGAGUCACAAAUAUAUGAAGAGCCCGAGCAGCAAGAGCCUCUUUCAGAGAAACCUAUCAGAACCCCGAGUGCCGGAUUGCCCUUGAGAGUCAAGUCUACCAAUACUCUUCCUUGGCUGAAGAAGAGAGGGAUGAACAAGCCAGACCCUGCACCCAUGGCCGACAACAACAGAAUCAAUCGAGUCGAAAUCCACAAGAACCCUCCAACUCGAUCGAGAGAUGCAGAGUACACAGCCAAUACACCUCCACGCCCUGCAACUAUUGACACGAUUGAAGAGGUCGAGACACCAAAGUCGUCCACGAGUACUCUUGAAAUUAGAGGUGAAGACAUUCGAGCAGCGACAAGCAUGAAGAGAAAGGAUCGAAGUCCCAAUCUCCCAACUCCGGUUGCUGUGAGUGAUCAGUUUGGACGUCCUAUCGUCAGCUUUGAUCCGUCGUGGAAACCUACGAGUGAUUCACCUAGAGCAAGUCAAGACGUCGACAGACCAGUCAUCAAGCUCACCGAAUCCCCAGCCACCCAAAAGUCCAGUGAGAGACCAUUGCCAAAACCAGGUCAGGUGAUGCCAGCAGUCACGGUAUCUGCCCCAGUCGUCCCUACGAUAAACCUCCCAGACGAUCCGCCUGUGCCAUCGAUCAAUGUCAGUGCCCCUGCCGUACCAACAAUCAACAUUCCAGAACAGAGCAAUCAAGUGCCAGCAAUCAACGUCAGUGAAGAAGGCACCAAUCUGUCGUCGAUUUCAACCAUAAACGUGCCAGGCGAAGUCAAGCAACCUACUCGCCCUCUGCCGAAACAUGCUGCCACCACUCCUGCACCUGCUUCUUCCAUUCACAAGACCCCAUCCUCUCGUCUUCCAUGGCUUCAUCGCCACUCCGUUCCUACGGUAUCCUGUUCGAGCUGUGCUCUGCCUAUUUCAGGACGUAUCGUGACUGCAUCAGGGUCCAGCUCGACCAACCUCAAAGCCCGCUUCCACCCAGAGUGCUUUACAUGUUAUCAUUGCGCUACACCGUUGGAGUGCGUCUCCUUUUACCCGGAGCCUGAUCAGAAGCGUCUCGACCGGCUAGGAGGUAUGGGCAUCGAAGCCACCUCUCCCGAAGCCGCGAAUGACCCAUUGCGUUUCUACUGCCACCUCGACUUCCACGAAUUCUUCUCGCCUCGUUGUCGAUCCUGUAAGACACCAAUUGAAGGCGAAGUCAUCGUAGCGGCUGGGGCAGAGUGGCACGUCGGACAUUUCUUUUGUGCCGAAUGUGGCGAUCCAUUUGACAGCUCUACACCCUUUGUCGAGCGUGACAAUUAUGCCUAUUGCGUGGCUUGCCACACCAAACGCACGUCCGCACGAUGCAGAAGAUGCAAGCAACAAAUCUUGGAUGAAUUGACGGUUGAAGCACUUGGUGGAAAAUACCACGAGAAAUGCUUCGUGUGCUUCGAAUGUGGAGGUGGUUUCGGUGAAGAUGGUCGCUUUUUCGUGCGAGAUGUCGACGUCGAACCUACGGACAAGGAGAGAAGAAAGGGUAUUACACGAAAGGUCGAGGAGAAAGCAGUCUGUGGCCCAUGUGAGGAACGAAGACUAAAGGCGUGAGUUUUGUCUUUGGUUGAUAUGAUGAUCAUGGUGGUCUGUUAGCGGGUAAUGGUUUGAACUUGCGGAGCUUCUCUGAUAUCUUUGUUGUAUGCUCGUGCUCGUAAAGGGGAGUUUUGAGAAUCUUUUGGCAAGUUGUGGCCGGGUGGUCUGGGACAUUUUCAGGAGUUGCUAAUUUAAGAUGGGGUGGGGAAACUGUAGAACAGAUGCAACGAAAAUGAAAUAUGACAUUGAGAUUU